UUAAAACGAGCAAAGCGGGCGCGUGGAGGCUGCUUCUUCACGCCAAGCAGCCCACUUCUGUCUGCUGUUUGAGUAGUUACAGAGCAGUACAGGGGCCGCGAAGAGCCGCAGGAAGAGCAUGCAGCUUCAGGGCUGCCGUGUCCUAGCAGAGGAGGAGAAGCGAGGGAGCUUUACCAGCGGAGUGGACUUGGAGGCAGAAUCAGGACUGAGCUCCUGCUGAACGACUGAAACAUCUACUUUUGUUCCUAAAGUGUCUUCAUUCGUCUGCGUUCCGUCUCCAGCUCGGGGGCUAUGGCAGUCAGCAUGAGUGGAGCAAACUUGGCGCUCGGUGUGGUUUUGUGCGCUCUGCUCGUGUCCUCCUCUCAGCCCAGCAGCAGCCAGGUGCUGCACUGCCACGAAGUGCGUUCAUCCUUCCAGUUUCUCUACCCUGGCAUGAAGUGGGCUCCAGAAACACCCGUCUCAGGGUCAGACCUGCAGGUUUGCCAGCCGAAGGGCCUCACCUGCUGCUCGCGCAAAAUGGAGGAGCGCUACCUUCUCACUGCUAAGCAGAACAUGGAGUCCGGUCUGCAGGCCAGCAGCGCCCAGCUCAAACUGCUCAUUAUCCAGAACGCAGCACUCUUUCAAGAGGCCUUUGACAUGGUAUUGCGUCUGGGCCGUAACUCCACCCUUGCAAUGCUGAGGGAGGAGUUCCCUGCCUUGGGAGGCGGGGCUAGUGGAGCUGUCACUCAACUCUUCCUGGACAUGUCCCUCUACAUCCUGGGCUCGGAUGCUAAUGUGGAUGACAUGGUGACCUCCUUCUUCUCUCGCCUCUUCCCCCUGGCCUACCGCCGUCUUCUAGGCAAUGGGGCGACACCAGGCACCUCGGAGGACUGUCUAAGGGGUGCAUGGCGCGAGGCCUCGGCAUUUGGCUCAUACCCCAAGCUGAUGAUGACACGCCUGUCUCGCUCACUGCCAGCCACUCGUGUCUUCCUGCAGGCGCUAAAUCUGGGCAUUGAGGUGGUGAAUACUACGCAGCACCUGAGAGCUGGCCGGGACUGUGGGCGGGCGCUGCUCAGGCUGUGGUACUGUCCACACUGCCAGGGGCUACUAGAGGCGCGGCCAUGCAGGCCUCUGUGCCUCAGUACCAUGGGGGCCUGCCUUGGAGGUGCAGCUGAGGUACAGCCUCACUGGAGGAGCUACGUGGAAGGGCUGGGUACCUUGGACAGCGCCAUGAGGGGAGAGCAGGAUAUGGAGGCGGUGGUGCUCAGACUACAUGUGAUCAUCAAACUGGCUCUAAAACAUGCUGUAGGGGCCAAGAGUAGAGUCAACACACAGGUGAGUGGCGUGUGUGCGCACACACCCCAACGCGUGGCACGUGCUGUGGCAUCGUCGGCAGAGCACACACUUGCCUCUCUGGCGGCCCGCAGCCCACAGUCCGGCAACCCUGACCCUGACCAGACUCUGGUGGGGCGACGCAGAGAGUUUAUCCAGAGUCUGAGGAGCUUCAGUCUUUUUUAUGGUGGGCUCGGGGAGGCUCUGUGCAACCGAGAGCCAGCAGCACUCAACAGCUCCCUCUGCUGGAAUGGGCAGGAGAUGACAGACAAGUUUCCUGGUCCAGGACUGCGGAGGGCCCACCCUCAUGGUUCAGAGACCAAACAAAAGCCCCCCGAGCCUGUCAUCAGCCAGAUCAUUGACAAACUUAAACACAUCAACCAGCUGUUACGGAUGGUGACUUCACCAGAGAAGCGAUGGAAGGCUCGUCCAGGAGGGGGAGCUGCGAGGAGAGAUCCGAACCGGCAGAACCAAGGGGCGGAGGAUGAGGAGGGUCUGGAAAGUGGCGACUGUGAUGAUGAAGAUGAGUGUACUGGAGUUUCGGGACUCGGGCCACCCCCACGCCGCAAACGUUUACGCAUCUUUGCAGACCUGGCAGAUAAUUUGGCGAUGGACGACCUCACCUUUCAUGAGUUGCUCCUGACUCCCAGACUGGCCACGGACACACACGCCGGGGCGUCUGUUCCUGGAGCAGCACAGGCCGCAAGCAUCCACUCCCAUAUCUUCUUGCUAACCGUCAUCAUCUUCCUCCUCUUUGGACUUCAUUGAACCUUCCAACUGUUUUUUUACCCACAGUUCCCCUCCAGAAUUCCUCCCCAUCUGCUCCCAACUGUCCUUCAAAAACUGAAAAACUAGUUGGACCAGUGAUUUAAAAGGACUCUGCAGCUGCUCCUUUGUACAUACAGUUUCUUGAAAGAUGAUCUAGAGUGAGGACAGAGGACCCUUUCUCUCUCAGCGCGCGCAAUCUCCAGUC